GAAGACUUACUUAUCCUUUAAGCCUCCUUCAGCCAACACAACAACAUUUUUUUUUCCACUUAAUGACGCUUAAUUUCAUUUCUUAUCGGAUCCUGUAGGGGAUUAUUCAUUCAUAUAAAACAAUCUGCAGCUGCUGCCACUCCAAACUCUCCCUCCUUUUGACUGAAGUCAUCUAUUAUUGAGCGAAAGGCCGUGCGUGGAAAGUGUGUGCAAGACGAUGGAUUUGAAGUAGAAUUGGUUGCAAUCGAUCAAGGGUGAAGAAUAUUCCUGAUGGUAACAAAGGAAGCAGCAAUGUCUUUCUCGCAGUUUGGAUAUCCUUACAAUGCAACUUCACAAUUUUUCGUGUCGGCAAACCCCAGUACGACUUGCUGCGAUUCGAUUUCCAGGUCGGUAUCUGACGGGACAGGCAGCUCUCAGACCGCCGCAGCCGCAGCCGCCGCCUCCUUCUGCUGCCCCUCCUACGAGAACCGGCUCCUGGCGAGCAGCCGGACGGAGCUGAACGCAGCGCUGGGGAUGUACGGCUCUCCUUACGCCGCUGCGGCCGCAGCCAGCCAGAACUACGCCAACUACUUCCCCUACAGCACCGACCCAUCCGCUAUCUACUCCACUCUGAAUCCACAGUAUGACAUUAAGGACAGCACAGGCACUUUACACUCUGGCAUUACUCAAACUGCUGCUUACUAUCCUUACGAUCACUCACUGGGACAGUAUCAAUAUGACAGAUAUGGGACGGUGGACUUUAAUGGCACAGCUCGCAGAAAGAAUGCCACGCGUGAAACCACCAGCACGCUAAAAACAUGGCUGUAUGAGCACCGCAAGAACCCCUACCCGACUAAGGGAGAGAAGAUCAUGCUGGCCAUCAUCACCAAGAUGACCCUCACCCAGGUGUCCACGUGGUUCGCCAAUGCCAGGAGACGGCUAAAGAAGGAGAACAAGAUGACGUGGUCACCAAAGAAUAAGGCUAACGAUGACAGAAAGGAGGACUUUAAUAAGAGUGACCAGGACUGUGUCACCAAAGAUUCCAGUGAUUGCAAGGAAGAGAAAGAGUUGCACCUGAGUGACCUGGAGGACAUGGAUGAGGACGACUGUGACAAGCUGGACAGCGACUGUGAAAAGGUGGCAGCAGAUGAGCAGGACCUCCAGAGAUCCAUGGUUGCAUCUGGAGCUCCCCUGAAAAGAGACUGCAGCUCUGACCUUCACUUGAGCUUAACAAACAGCUUCCACACUUUCCCCUGCAGUAUCAAAGGUGUCACCGCCCUCCCGCAUCUCCCAUCGGAUUUCAUAGAUCCAAUUGUGUCCAAGGCGGGUCCUGCAAGCGUCCCAUUAGCAGGAGCGGUGUCCCUGUCUCAUUUUGAAUCAUCAGAAAAGCCACGCAUUUGGUCGUUGGCUCGUACCGCAGCUUCAGGGGUUAUAUUAAAUCCUCAGCAGCAUGGUACGGAGCUAAGGACAGGAAGCCUAACUGGGGACUGUCAACUACAGAGCAGCAGACUUCCCAGGGCUCCUACUGGACAAUGUGGAGCCACAAGAGGCCUGCUUGAGUCUAACAGUGUCACAAAUUCAGAAAGCUCUUUCCCUGAGGGCUCAUCCUUGCACUCAAAAGUUUACGGCACAGGCAGCUACAGCCACAAAGGCCUCCAACUUCACAGCUCGUCUUAUGCUGCCCUUCCAGAUACCUGUCAGUACACAGCAAUCGAAGGAUUCUCCAGUGGCAAGGUAGAGAAUCAGUCAUCUGACCUCAGCGAAGCCUGUGGGACUGUGCAGAACGACAAGGUCACUGCAUUCAGACCAGUCAUGAAGAGGUGAAGCAGAUUUCUGGGGCUUGUCUAACAACAGCUAAAUGGGACAUUUAUUAUGCACUAAAAGACACACUGACCAUGUGGCGGCUGAGUGUGAGCUGCCUGGUUCUGUUGCAGUGAGAACUAUCAAACUGUGGACUCGACUAUCAUUUUUGCACAACAUUGUUUUUUUAUGGCGAUAAAAAGAUUUUAUGCAAAAAAUAUUUCUAGAUGCAAAGUGUAAGAGCAAUGGCCCAAAAUGAAACGGGCUGAAUUUGUGUAUGGCAAUCGUGUAGUGUAGCAUAACUUAUUUAUUUCUCUGUGUAUUUAACAUUUUUGUUAUGUCAACAUUUUUGGAUUAUUAUUUAUUAU